AUGCCGCAGCCCUUAUCCAGCUCUCUCGGCCUGGCACAAGCCCUGUCCAAAAGGAGCAAAUGCUUAACGAUCCCGACUUAUCAGUUCAUUAGAAACGGCUUGGUAAAUCCAGGAAAUAAAAUUGCCGCGGUCAUUUUAGGCCAAAUUCGGCAGACCCUUAAUGGAGCGGAACUGGAAUUGAAUGGGACUGGAGCGCAAGGGGCGUUUUGCUCUGUUAAAGACCACAGCAUGCCUUCUACUGAGAUUCGGGGAUUAAACGUCUAUUUACCAAUGAGAUCACGUCGAAUCUUUUCAGCUCCGUCGGAGCUAAUCCGAAAUCGCUCCGUUGGCGUCAACGGGAGUCGCUCCGGAGUUGCUCCGGAGUCGUGUUCCAAGUUCUGUAUUGUGUUGAUCCUUAG